GAGGCUCUUCUGGUCAUUUGUGUCUCUAGUGAGCAGGAAAAAAUGUGUGUGUAUGUUGGUGGUGGUUGGUUUAAGUCACAUCUAGGGAGUAAAUUAUGUAUGUGAGGAGGAAGAGAGAUGACCUGCUCUAUUUACUGACUGGCAGAACUUGUUCUCAUGCUUAUCACUUGUACUUCAGUCAGAAAUGAGUAAAACAAAUCAAUGUAUCUCAGAUCUUCAGCUUUUGUCCCAAUUGGAGUGUGCAUGUGUAUAUGUGCAUCAAGCCGGGGGUUGAAGUAAAUCUAACCUCACUUCUUGCUCCAUUCAACGUUUUCUUGAGCACUUGGUGGGUCCUUCCAACUCAGAAUAUUCUGUGAUUCUGUGAAAUAAUCUAUCUUCUACUGAUUAAGACUCUUUAGUGCCUCCUUUGUAAUUUCCCGUAGAGGCCAAGUCUUUUUUGUGGUCUUAAUGUCCACAGUGCCAAAUAGAUGCUGCUUUGACCCUUUUGUAGCUUUUUUAAACCUUUGAGUAUUUUCAUUGUCAGCCUCAGCACUGGACAUUACCUUGAUGUAAAUUGAUGUCAUCUACAUUUUCCACAAUCUACUCAAUUUGUUUAGCCAGCUUCCCUUCUUGCCUCCCUUUGAUUCAUUCUGCACAAAAUGAACCUCCUCUGAAUGCUGAGGCUGAAAUCUCUCCUUGGCUACAAAGAUUUGAAUCACAUUUUUUCUUCUCUUGUCCUCAGGUUAGUCAGAAUAUAAUUUUGCCAAAGUGUCACACCCUGACACCACUCAGCAUCUGCUUUGAUGUAUAUUGCCCCUUCUAGAAGUGUUACAAAACCUCUUACCACUGUCAUAUUUUUCCUACUGCUCAGCUGUGUGCUUAUUAGAAGAUUUCUCUUUUAUUGUUGUCUGAAUCCUCACCUUGCUCUUAAUUUCAUACAGCCUACAUAAUGUCUUUGUCUUCUCUAGCCUCAGCUAACUUAACUUCUCAUCAGUCUGUGCCUGUGCUGUUCCAUGAAGUCAAUUUUCUCUUGUUUAUCAGUUGAGUAACUCCUUAUCUUUGAGGUCCAUUUUAGUUUUUCCAUUCCAUAUGUUCUUUGCAAGGCUUCAGUGAAUUAAUUGCAUUUUCAAAGCAUACAAAAGCAUCAGUUAACAUCCACAUCUAUAGCAAGAGUGGUGCAUAAAGCAAACAAAUCUUUUAAAGGCACAUUUGCAGCUCCUUUGAAGAGAGAAGCUGUGCUGGUUAUAACCCAAACAAUACCAUGAAAUAGGCUCUGUGGCCCUUUAGGCUUGAAGCUGAAGGUUGUCCUUUACAGCCAUUUCUCAAUAUCAUGUGAAGGCUGCCAAGCGGAAAAAAAUAUAACCAAAGUUCUGCAGGCUUCUGGCUGUAGAAGCACUGCUGGCCACAAGACCUGGCCCGCAGUCCUUUAAUAGAUUUCAGUUUCUCCUCAACAGAGCACAUAGACCAGGAACCAUCUUCAGAUCUGUAAAAUCCUCAAGGUAAAUUUCUCAGACUAUAUUUAGGUAUCUUCAUGGCCUGAUUUCCACCAGUGUUGGCUGCCACUGAUUUUUGUGCCUUGCUGGUGACCCAGCGUAUCUUUUAUUUCUGUUCAGCUGAAGGCUCAGAACUGGUAUAAUUCCAGGCAUGGAUUAAUAGGUGACAUUAGGCUUUCUACAUUAGAAAGGGAUGGUGUGGUUAUUGUGGCCAUUAGCAAAAGCCCCUUUCAGCCAUACUCAUUUUACAUGGCAUAACAAGAUUCAGUCUUCCCUUCAACAGUGCUUGUGUGCAUCUUAAAAAUCUUAGGAAGGGCCUCUCUAGCUUUUCUGUCAAAUCUUCUUCAGAGGACAGCUCAUCCACAAGAUGCACACACAUGUGCUCACAUUCAUACUUGCUCCUGUGAACGCUUUGUUUCCUUGCCUGUGCUUUAUCACAGUGGUAUCAUUAUGCUUUGCUGUUCAGCUCCUUUGAGACUGUUGCAGUGAUUGCAUGUUACUUACCUAGGAAGCAUCAAAGCCCUGGUGCUGCUGUCUUCAAGAACUUGGUUUAAUCUUCUGCUUGAGCUCUGUUUGCAGAUGUGGAGGACAGAAAUAGCUCUUUAAAGAGCAUAAAGAAGUAGCUUGGUAACCAUUCUUCCCAGUAUAAAUCAGCAAUAUAUUAAUUUCUGCAGCUGUCCCUCAGCUCCUCGAGUAAGCCAUGAGCUCUAAUGGUAGCACUACAGGAACACCCAAAUAACCUUGCUCCCCAGCAGAAGUCUGGCCAUAGGCAGAAGUCAUGAUGGGCUGCAGAAUCAAGAGAGAGCAAAAGAAGUACUGAGCUUUAUAGAAUCACAGAAUCAUUUAGGUUGGAAAAGACCUCCAAGAUCAUCAAGUCCAACCUUUGGUUGAUCACAACCUCGUCAACUAGACUGUGGCGCUAAGAACCAUGUCCAGUCAUUUCUUGAACACCUCCAGGGAUGGUGACCCCACCACUUCCCUGGGCAGCCUGUUCCAAUGCCUGACAACAUUUCCUGUGAAGCUUUGUGAUGCUGUGGCCUCAUUGCUACUUGUACUCAAACUUGCCAGUGGAUGAACUUGCUCAUACAUCAGGAGUAACUGCAGCUACAGCAACGGGAUUUGUAUGUGCCACUGCAACCACAGAGGGGUACAUUUCCUCUCCUGCUAGGCAGAGCUUGCAGGAACAGUAGAUGGCAUUUCCUUCUUUCCUUGAAGAGAAAAAUGAGCUGGGGAUUCCAACGUGAUCUGCUGAGUGGAGUGAAUAAAUACUCAACAGGAGUUGGAAGAAUUUGGGUAACUGUUGUGAUCAUGUUCCGCUUACUGGUUUAUGUUGCAGCCGCAGAAAACAUCUGGAAAUAUGAACAUGAUGAAUUUGAAUGCAAUAUCAAACAGCCUGGUUGUGAAAAUGUCUGCUUUGACCAUUUUUUCCCUGUCUCCCACAUCAGACUUUGGGCUUUGCAAUUAAUCGUGGUCUCCACCCCUUCACUCUUGGUUGUUUUUCAUGUUGCUUACAGAGAGAACAGAGAGAAACACCACAACCAGAAGCUUUACAGAAACCCAGGAGAGAUAGAUGGUGGAUUGCUGUGCACUUACCUAAUCAGCCUCAUUUUAAAAAUAGGAUUUGAAAUAGUUUUCCUUGUUCUGUUUUAUAAAUUGUACAGUGGAUUCAAAAUACCACAUCUUGUGAAAUGUGACAUAAGACCAUGUCCCAGUAGCGUAGACUGCUAUAUUUCCAAAUCCACAGAGAUGAUGAUUUUCCUCUCUUUUCUGGUGGCAACUUCAUGCCUGUGCAUCAUACUAAAUCUAAGUGAAUUGACUUAUCUAAUUUUCAAAUACUCCCCAAAAUGUUAUCUGAAGAGAUACAUGAAGAAACAGCAAUGCUCCAAAAGCAGUUGUCGCAAAUUAGAAAUCAUUGGUUACAACAGAGCAGCACCUGCAGGACGAUUCCCUGAUAGCUCCUCAUCUUUGCCUCUGAAUAUAUGAGAUGAACAUGAAAAAUGUUCCCCGUUGACUUGAAAGAAGGCUGGAGACCACCCUCCCAUUACACAAGCUGCUUUUGACAAAUUGCUUUUCCAAUGAGUGCUUUACGGAACUGAAAGGAUAGUUACAGAGGAAAUACUGUUUCUCUAGUAUUUCCCCAUUAAUCUAGCUGAUAAAUUCAGUUACAUUAUAUACGUCAUACAUAAAAUCAUCGAGAUCUGUUCAUGUUGAAACAAGAAGUGCAGAAGUCUGAGAAUCCCAUGAAGUUUUAAUAUAAACAUAGAUGCUUAUGAUAAAUCAUGUGAAACAAUUGCUCACAGUUGUGUAUUGAAUAUUGCACAGAAUUGCUUUGGUACAAGCAAAAAGAGGCUUUUUAUAUGCAGAGGUGGAAGAACCUGGGAUUGAUUAAGAAACUAAACAAUAAGGGGAUGUACAGCAUUUGUCAGGUGGGUGGAUCUGAUGACUGUUGCAACAGCAAUAGGAAAGUGCUGGUGUUUGAAGUGAACUAUGUAGUCACACCCCCAUUCCACCGGACUAGAAAACAUAUCAAAACCAGAAAAAACCAAGAAGAGGUAGAUGCAUCUGUUUUAGCCCAUGGUGAUAAAGACAGACUUGCUUAUUUAUCUGUUUAUGGAGCACCUCCUUCUGAAAGCAUCUGAGCCCUUUACAAUUUUAAGGGUAUUAAUCAUCAGAACACAUCCUCUAAGAAAAGGCACUUGCUCAAACUUGUGCAAGCAGCACUAAGCAGCUCCCAAGUCAUUAGACUUGCCUUCUGCUUUGUGGUUGUGGCAUUUAAGAGAAAGGAUGAUUCCCAGUUCCACAAGAGUGAGCAGAGAAAUGCAGACCACGCAAUAUGGCAGAACAGUAGCCAGUAGUCCCUAGUAUUAAGUAGCCUGGAAUCUGGUCCCUUAAGUAAGGCUGAAAAUACUGCUGCUCUUUCCUUCAGUAGAUUUCUCUGCUGUAAAAAUAUGAAAAACGAAGUAAAAAAGAAUCAUCUAUUCCCUCCCCCCCAAGUUUCAGAGUAUCUCUUAAAUACCACACACUACUGCUCUGUGUUAUGUGUAUCAUUUGGGAAAACAGGAAAGGGAUAGAAAUUAGCUAAGACAUGUCUUCUGUUGAACCUAGACUUUUAAGACAACAAAAACUAGUGCCUAAAAAAUCUUAUUUAGGGUGGUGUGCUCUUUCUGUUGCUGAAAUGAAAGACCCUUGAACAGAUAUCAGUACUGAGCCUGAUCAAAAUGCACCCUUUAGCAUUACAUUUAUGAGUAGUGGGGUAGCAGUUACCGAUUAACUUUAAGAACUAGUGAAUAAACUAUGUGCUUUUUGACUGUGA